AUGGAUCCUCUCGAUUCUUGUGUUUCUGAUUACGCGAAUCUUUCUCUUGAUCCUAUCAAUACCCCCGAGUCGAUCUCUGCUGCCAAGUCUGAAGACAUGAAGAGUUCGAUUGACUCUGUCAACUUCCAUUCCGAGGUCUCAACUUCAAAUACCCUCGAGUCAAUCUCUACUGCCGAGUCUGAAGACGCAAAGAGUACAACUGACUCUGCUGAGUCAAUUCAAAGUUCCGAGGUCUCAACUUCAAAUACCCUUGAGUUGAUCUCUACUGCCGAGUCUGAAGACGCGAAGGGUACAACUGACUCUGCUGAGUCAAUUCAAAGUCCCAAGGUCUUGACUUUAAAUACGCUCGAGUUGAUCUCUACUGCCGAGUCUGAAGACGCGAAGGGUACAACUGACUCUGCUGAGUCAAUUCAAAGCUCUGAGGUCUCUACUCCAUCUGUUCGAAGCCACGAAGUCUACGUCUUUGUUGGUCCUCCUCGUUCUUGA